AUGCGAUACAGUGUGUCUAUCCUAUUGCCAAUUGCGCUGCAGUAUGCUUCGCCUGUACUGUCAUUUACCAAAAGAUCCGGGUCCAUGUCGGCGCCAAGAUCAAAAGUGUCACAACAGCACAUGGUGCUCAAGGACCCCCAACAGACGGAAGAGACAGCAAACUGGUGGAUGGAAUAUGAGUUUGCACAUGCGGAUGUGGCUCAAAAGUGUCGACCAGAUUUUAAUAUUCUUUCUACUACUACCAUUGGCGAGAAGAAAACGCCACUAGUAUACCUCGACUCUGCAGCAACCUCCCAGAAGCCAAAACAAGUUGUUGACAGUAUAUCACAAUACUACGAGAAAACGAAUUCCAACGUGCAUCGAGGUGCACAUACUCUAUCUCGACAAGCAACAACGGCUUAUGAAAAUGCUCGAGAUUCAAUUGCAUCCUUCAUUAACUCCAAUUCCAGAAACGAAAUUAUCUUCACAAGGGGUGCUUCCGAGGCUAUCAAUCUAGUUGCUUCUUCAUAUGGCCGAGCAAAUCUAAAACCCGGUGACGAAAUUGUCAUUACAGAAAUGGAACACCAUUCCAAUAUUGUUCCUUGGCAAAUGAUUGCGAAAGAGAGUGGCGCUACUCUGCGAUAUGCACCAAUCGAUUUUGAGAAGGGAGGCAUGGACGUUGAUCAUUUCAUUUCGUUGUUCAACGAAAAGACAAAAAUUGUGGCAUUCCAACAUGUUUCCAAUGUCAUGGCCUGCGUAAAUCCAGUGAAGGAUAUCGUAAAGGAGGUUCGAGCAAAAGCUCCCGAAGCCGUGAUUCUACUUGAUGCUUGCCAAUCGGUCCCGCACAUGAAGGUUGACGUUCAAGAUCUGGGAGUUGACUUCCUUGCUGCUUCUGGCCACAAAAUGUGCGGUCCAACUGGUAUCGGUUUUCUAUGGGGAAAAGAAAAUAUAUUGAAUAGUAUGCCGCCAUACAUGGGAGGUGGCGAAAUGAUUGAUCAAGUUACAAUGGAAGAAUCUACAUAUGCCCCAGCACCAGCUCGCUUUGAAGCAGGGACUCCUCCAAUUGCUCAGGCUGUUGGUCUUGGCGCUUCUAUCAAAUACUUGGAAGAUAUUGGUAUGGAUAAUGUUCAGGCCUAUGAGCAUGAAAUUGCUGCCUAUAUGCACAGACGGAUGAGUGAGGUCGACAAAGUGAACGUUCUUGGUCCUCCAGUUGGUGAAGAUCGAGCUGCCGUGUGUGCAUUUUAUGUGGAUGGUGUCCAUCCAAGUGAUUUGAGCACGUUCCUAGACAUGGAAGGUGUUGCCAUAAGAGCUGGUCAUCAUUGCUGCCAACCCUUGCACCAAGCCAAGGGAAUAUCUCAUUCAGCACGCGCCAGUCUCUACAUUUACAACACAAAAGAGGAUGUGGACUACUUCAUUGAGAAGUUGGAUUCAACUAUCAAGUUCUUUCUAGGGCUUGCAAAAGGGGAAGGCGGAGAGGAUCAAGGCGAUGAUGAAUUUGUACCAUUCAUUUAA